AGCCCGUUCUGGAAUUUUCACUUAAUUUUAGGUUUUUAAUAAAAAGCAGUCACAAACCAGCUACAGCAUUUACUCUAUUACCAACAACCAAACAACGAACGUAGUACGUAAUUAUGGAGUUUCCACAUUUGGGUCAACACUGCAACGAACCCACAUGCAACAGAUUAGACUUCCUGCCUGUUAAGUGUGACUCAUGCGACAAGGUGUUUUGUGCCACCCACUAUAACUACGAACGUCACAAGUGCCCAGGGGCCCACAAAAAGAAUUUCCAAGUUCCCAUCUGUCCGCUGUGCGGAGAGCCUGUGCCCACGGCUCCGGGCGUGGAGCCUGACAUAACGGUCAGCCAGCACAUAGAUAAGCAAUGCAAAUCGGAUAGCAAAAAAAUUUACACGAAUCGGUGCCAUGCGAAAGGCUGCAAACGCAAGGAGCUAAUACCAGUUCAGUGCUCGCAAUGCAAAUUAAACUUUUGCCUACGUCAUCGCCACACAAGCGACCAUGACUGCAAGCCAACCUCUACUACCUCAGCUUUGGACUCUGCUUCAGCGAGCACAUCACAAGGCGUUUUCAAAAUAUUCUCCGAUACGCGCGCAAAGGCAGCGCAGGCAGCUGAAAGGCGACUCCAAAGCAAAGCCCAAGCAAAUACCAAAGCCAGGCCAGUGCCUGCAGCCACUGCGUCUGUUGCACAGCGCACCCAAGUACAAAAUAUUCAAGGAAAUAUGACUGAGGACGAGGCCCUGGCACAUGCUCUGGCUUUAUCAAUUAUGGAACAAGAUGACGCAUCUGGAGCCAACCGGAACGGAGCAGCAACGUCCUCAGUCUCUACACAACGCGCUACGACUGUGGGUGGACGCGACCCACAGCAAGCAAAUGAAAAGGAUAAAUGCCUCCUAUCUUAGUCUCAAAAUUCGCAACGGAAACAUAUCCAUCACUUGACCAGCAGCCAAUAUGCGCUGCCCUUUGUUAGAUGUCUAGAUAAACUAAUUCACAUUGUUUGUAAUU